AUGACAAUCAAGAGAAAGACGACGGCUAACGUGGCUGGCCUAUCAGGUGCCUGCUCGCUGCUCUCACCGCAGGGCCUGGCGCAGAUUGAGCUUCUCAUCGGAGACUCACGGUUCAGCAACGCGCUCAAUGGCCUGCACCCCAAAUUUGAUCGUCUCAGGCCGGAGCCGUGGCUGGAGCACGAUGAGCUGAACCACCCGCUUCCUCCCAACCAUGUUAUCAUGGACUGCGUGAACGACUACAUGGUGACGAUGAACGCCGGCAUCCGGCUCUUCCAAGAGCAUGAAGUACGAGCAGCGUUACGCGCCUACUUUCAAGGCCAGCCCAUCGCAGACCCGGGCUGGCGGAUGGCCGUCAACUCCAUCAUCGCCCACACCCUCCGCAAGAGGAACCGCAUGCGGAACAAGGAAGACUACGAGAAGUACAUCCACAACGCCCUCGGCAUGAUCCCAAAUGUAGUCCUCCGCACGCCAUCGCCGCUCACAAUAGGAUCGUUAUUGUCAAUAGUAAGCCUCUUCCCGACCCCCUCGCCCUACCCCUUUUUCACCUGUGCUGACCGCACCAAGAUCCUCUACUACAGCUUCAUGUCCGACAACCACAUCGCCCUGACACUACUCGGCCUCACGGUCCAGCUCCUCCUGAUGUCCGGCUACCACCGCCCCGAGCCGGACCUCGCCUUCGCCGACGCGUCAAACCUCAACCCGGUGGAACACCUCCACCGCCGCCGCCUCUUCUGGCAGGCCUACAUCCUCGACCACGACCUUAUGCUGCGACUCGGCAAGCCGCCGCUCAUCCACGACGAUUUCCUGCUCGACCUGCCCGAGGAGCACCCCGCGGACGGCUACGCCAUGUACUACUACCCCAACGACGUCACCCUCAACUUCUUCCUGCAGCAGGUCCGCCUCGCCCAGAUCCAGGGACGCAUCUCGGCGGCGCUGUACUCGCGCAGCAGCGUCCCGCCCGCGGAGCUCGAGUCCGAGAUCCGCCGCCUCGACGCGGAGCUGCAGGAGUGGAGGGAGAGCAUCCCCGAGAUGAUCCACCCGGAGCGCGUCGAGGCCCUCCUGGACGGCGACUUUGCCCGCAUGGUGUGUCUGACGACGCUGCACUUUACAUACUUCCAGCUCGUUGUGGCAAUUCACUCGGCGGCCUUCCGCCUGCCGGCCCUCGAGGACCAAGAAGGCCUCGAACAAGGCGACAUCGGGCCUUCGCUGGCCCUCUGCGUCAGCGCAUCUCGAGCAGCCAUCUCCCUGCUCAAUUACCAUCAGAUCGAACACCCCUACACCCCAUACCUGCUCUACCAAGUCGCCUGGUCCGUUGACAUCCUCUUCGUCAACAUCCUCCAGAACAAGACAUCCCCACGCGCGCGCCGCGACCUCGACCUCAUCCGGACCGUCCUCACCUUUUUCGAAAAGUUCGACCCGGACCACGAGAAGGUCAUCUCGUACCAGAUCAUCAGCGUCAUCGCCGACGUCGCCGCCUCCGUUCUUGCAAACACCCCGACUCUGCCCCCGCACAUGCUCCCUAUCGCCCGGCCCCAGACCUCCGCCCUGCAGGCCCCGCCCGGGGCCCUCCGCGGCACGUCCCCCGGAACCGGCAUGCAGCGCCAGUCCGUCGUCGCGGGGUUCCCGCCGGACACCCCGAUGACGGGCACGACGGCGGCCUCCGUCCGCAGCGGCAGCAUCAACGGCGGGGCGGACGGCAUGCUGGGGCCCAUGACGAGUCUAUCCAUGUCGGACCAGCAACAGCAACAGCCGGGCUUCGUCGACAUGACAAUGACGCCCCAGCCCGAGCCCCAGUUCUUCAAUGGAUUCAUGGACAUGGCGGACUGGCGGCUGCCGAUGGAGUACCAGCCGGAGCUGUGGCAGUUUGACAGCGUUCUGGACAACAACCGCUACAACCAGAACUGA